AUGACACAGGCCGAUUUCUCUCCUUACAAAUGCGAAAGUUCUCCGAAACGAAAGAGGAGUAGUAGCCUGAAUAUCCUGAUGCCGGACUUGAACGACUCAACAAUUCUAAAAGCUAAACGAAGAAAGCGCGAAUUGUCCGAGGAGGAAAAGCUUUCGCCCAUGAUGAAUGGGAGAGAAGAUGCCAAAUUGACGGUCAGCAAAAAACAGAUUGUCGAUCUCGCUCUGGCUCGAGAAACAAUCGAGUCCGAACUCAGCCUCGAGAUUCUUAUGAAGCAUAACGAGUUGCGCCUAAUCCAAGCCGAGCUUGCCAAAUGUCAAAUAUCUCUCGAACAACUACGUCGCGUCCACUUAAUACCAUUCCCAGGUGUUCAAGGUACCGGAGCUCAGGUUUCUCCCGAGGCGAUGUCCAUUGUUAGUGCUGGUACUGGUCCAGCAGUCUGGGGUGGCAACGACGUCCCUAAAUGGGCUCCGCCGUAUGGAAUUACCGAAGGGCCGUACACGAGACAUUGGGCAAAAUGGCUAAUUCCCGACCCGGAUUUUGAUGGUGUCAGUGUUGACUCUCAUGCAGGCCCAGGCAGACCACGCGCUGCUAAGACGGUACCGGAAGGAAGAGCUACUAGAAAUGGGAACGUUGAUGGAAGUACUCUGUCAACUAAAUCAAGAACACAUCGUGGAUCUUAUGGCCAAAAUUUACAAUCUCUUUCCAGUAGUAACUCUCAACCAAAGAAAACGGGACCAUCUAUUCUCAAGCGAAGCGAUGGUAAAACUGUUAAGCUUGUCUGCUUGGAUUGCAAUCGCGAAGAUUUCUCCAGUACUCAAGGUUUCAUCAAUCAUUGUCGCAUUGGCCAUCAUCGUGAGUUUAAGAGUCAUGAAGAGGCUGCUCAGAUUAGUGGACAGAUUAUCGAAGUCGAUGAGGUUGGUGCAGGUGCACCUACUGCUUUGGAGAAGAUGUCAAGUGUAUCAAUUGGUGAUCUCGUUCAUCCUCUUAUCAAAAGUGCGCCCGUCGACCAAGAAGCCCAUACUGCUCUUCUUUCUCGUAUCAACGAUUCUAUGAGCCUAUAUCGACAAGGCAGGCUUCCUGGUGUCACGUCAAUUCCUGGAAGUGCAAUUUCGUCACCACAGAAGCAACUCGAUGUGAAGCCCAAAGUGCAACCUCCAAAGCAAAGUUUCAUACCAUCAACCUCCACACCUCAUCUUUCCGAGUUAUUGAAGGGGAGAGGUUUCGGUGGUGAUCUUGACGAAAUAGUCGGUGAUGCAAAAACACGUAUCAAUAUGGAUGAACUUUCAUUAUCUGAAGAGGAAUCCUCUGAUGAUGAAGUAACUGAAACACCAACUGUUGCUGUUCCUUCUCGUCGCCCUGGUGGUUUUGAUGGACUGGUAGAUGCACCAAUGACGGGUAUGCGUAUGCCAGCCCGAGCUAUCAUGACACCAGCACACCUUGCACGGCCUACAAGCAGUAAAGGUAUUGAUGCUGCUGCAAGAACUGGGCAUGGUCACAUGGCACCUCAUCCAUCUUAUGCUACCCUCAAUACUUCUAUGGCAGCAUCGGAACCCCGACCGGUCAAUCGCCUACAGCCUAUCAAUAUCCGAGAUCACGAUCACGAUGGAGAUAUUGAUAUGGGUAUGGAUAUGGGUAUGGAUAUGGGUAUGUGUAUCCCAGAUGGAUCCUCGAUCAUCGACCUCAGUCCCAACACUGUUGCCAGUAACAAUGCGCCCAGUCUUGUAAGUGACGAUGGGGAAUAUGACGAAGGUGAUGAUGAUGCCGAGAGCGUAUCAUCCGAGGAUGCUGACGAGGGUAGUGAUGUCGCGGAAAUAGAUAUCGAGGAUGGUGAUGCCGAGAAGGUGGUAGGGAGAUCGGUGUUGGGAAGAGGAAGUGAUCAGGAUCGUGCUAAGAAAGAUGAUAAACAUGUUUCGUUUGUGAGGGAGGUGACUGAUGCAAAUGGGAAUGUAAUUGCAAAAGCAGAUGGUGCGAAUAUAAAGGCGAGAUCGAGGCAAUAG